AAAAAAAAUAGAAUUAUGGCGAAUCUGAUGGUGUUUUGAAGAUGGCCACAAAAAUGCCCAAAGUGGGCUUUCGUACAAUCGCACCUUCAGACGGUGAAACAAUCAAACCACAUCACCAUCAUCAUCAUCAUCAUCGCUACAGCUGUUGCCACCACUCAUAUUUCUCACCGGCUUUUUCUAUGCCAGGUAUUGUAAUUUUAAUCUUCCUCUGUUUGUGAGUGAAAUUAGUCGUGAAAAUCCGAUGCAUUUCGGAGUACUCGUCGUUCAUUGGCUGGAAUUUCAGGGCUAUGCUUGAUCGAUUCAAUGUUUUUUGCGCGGAGUUUUUGAGGAGGUUGUUCGCCGCGUCUAGAAGCUAGGGUUUUUUGAGUUGACGGAUCUCAGUUCGAUUCUACGGCUGAAUUAUCCAAAUUCACCAUGUUUUGGCAUAUGUCUGGCUUCUCAGCUGCAUCUGCAGUGGAAACCAUUUUAGAUAAGGAAAGCUUUACGCUGGAGGAGCUACUGGAUGAAGACGAAAUAAUUCAAGAAUGCAAAGCUCAUAAUGGACGUCUUGUUAGCUUCUUGAGAGAAAGAGCUCAAGUUAAACAACUCAUUCGAUACAUAAUGGAAGAAGCUCCGGAGGAUGCCAGUAAACAAUUUUCAUUCAAGUUGCCUUUCGUUGCUUGUGAAAUUUUCACAUGUGAGGUUGAUAUAAUACUCAAAACUUUGGUCGAGGAUGAGGAGUUGAUGGACCUGCUAUUCUCUUUUUUGGAUCCCGAGCGCCCCCAUAGUACUCUUUUGGCUGGUUAUUUUAGCAAGGUUUUUGUAUGCCUCUUGCUGCGGAAGACAACUCCUUUAAUGAAUUACAUACAGGCUCAUCAGGAUAUCAUCACCAAACUUGUUGACUUAAUUGGAAUUACGUCUAUAAUGGAGGUGUUAAUUCGUCUGAUCGGCGUAGAUGAACAUAUUUAUGCCAAUUGUGCGGACUCUAUGCAGUGGUUUGAAGAUAUGAAUGUGCUGGAGAUGAUUGUGGAUAAAUUCAGUUCAUCUGACUGCCCUGGAGUGCAUGCUAAUGCUGCAGAAACUCUUUGCACCAUUGCCCGAUAUGCUUCCGCAGGGCUAGCUUCAAAAACCUCCAGCCCGAGUUUUAUUGGUAAAUUGUUUCGUCAUGCUCUGGAGGACUCAAGACCAAAAUCCGUUUUGGUUAACUCAUUAUCAGUCUGUAUAUCCUUGUUAGACCCAAGGAGGUUGACAUCAGGGAUGUAUUACAUGUAUAACCGACAAACAUCUCAAGGAUCUGGAAUCACUGCUAAUCCUGAGACUGUUGAAGGCAUACUGGAGAGCCUAGGUGAACUGCUCAAACUUUUGGAUCUUUCAUCUGAGGAUCGUGUCUUGCUAACUUCAUACGGAAAAUUGCAGCCUCCUUUAGGAAAGCAUCGUUUAAAGAUUAUAGAGUUCAUCUCAGUCUUGGUGGCAGUUAGUAGUGAAGUUGCAGAAAAGGAACUGAUUCGCCUGAGCGCGUUGAAACAUAUUCUUGAAUUGUUUUUUGAGUAUCCUUACAAUAAUUUUUUACAUCAUCAUGUGGAACAAAUUGUAAUAUCCUGCUUGGAGAGCAAGAACUGUCAGCUUGUCGAACAUCUUCUUUCUGAGUGUAAUCUCAUCGGAAAAAUUCUUGAAUCAGAGAGGAAUUCUACUUUGACUGUUGAUGCAACCAAGCCAACCAUAUGUGCUGAGGGAAAGUCACCUCCCAGGAUAGGCAAUAUUGGUUACGUGACCCGUUUAGCCAACAAAAUUGUUCAAUUGGGGAAUAGCAACCGUGAGAUUCAGACAUUUCUGCAGGACAAUGGUGAUUGGGUCGAUUGGCAGACAAAUGUGUUGUUAAAGCGAAAUGCAGUGGAGAACGUCUUCCAUUGGGUAUGUGGGAGGCCCUCCACACUACAAGAUCGAACAAGAGAUAGUGAUGAUGAUGAUUACCAAGACAGGGACUAUGAUGUUGCAGCUUUGGCAAAUAACUUGAGCGAGGCCUUUCAGUAUGGAAACUACACUAAUGAUGUUAUUAGCGAGGAUGUGUUCUUCGACGAUAAAUCUGCUGAAGUUGUCAUUUCUUCCCUUCCUUUGGAAGAUGACCAGGAAACCGGUGGUUCGCAUUUCACGAAGUCCGAUUGGUCUGCAUUUGAGGAUGAAAGAAUAGUUAAUGAGCAUUCAACUGACAAUGGAGGACCUGACAAUGUUGUUGAGGAUUUGAAAGACGACACUGCCAUGUCUGAACUUCCGGAAUCUUCACCAACUUCAGAUGGUAAUAAUGUUCCUAGCCAAGUGUCAAAGGACUUGACAGAAAUCGAAUCUACCGGGUCCCACAAUCUAAUAGCAAAUUCUGCUAAUAUAUCGGAUGAUGAAGCUCAGAGCCCGAUUAUACCAAAUGACGAAGCGGUAGUAUCUUCAGAUACUUGCAAGACUGAUGGUGUAGGAUCGACUGAUUCAACAUUAGCUUCACAAUCUGCAGAAGUAGGUGAAAAAAACGAAGAUUUAGAGAAGUAGAUUUUGAUGCCGGAAUUGGAGACUAUUCUUGAUCUGCAAAAUGUGAAUAGAAAGAAUUAUACACUUGUUCACUGGGACUUUAUAUGAUCCUGAUGAAUGUUUCAAGUAUAUAGCUGAUUGUUUUCAUUGUUUACCUCUUUCCUUCGCAUAUAUGUACGCUAGACCUGCUUUUGGAAUGGUGUCCAAAGUGACGUCGUAAUUGAUAAAUCUUAUUUCGUGAAUUCUCA